UGGGGGCUAGUUUAUUACAGUCUACAAAACUGGGCUCCAACCAAUGGGCCGAAACCCAACCGUUCUGUCCGAAACCGAUUACAAAUUUUCCAGUUCCCUUAUCUAUCCGCGCUGUGGAAAGAACGAAGACACGGGAAAGAAAAAUGGUGCUAGAACAAGCAGUAUCAUCAUCAAGCACCUUGAGGAACGUUUUCACCAAUCCCAAAACCCUAAUUUCAAAACCCCAAUUCCAAGUCGCCGCUUCCCCUUCAUGGAAACCACAGCAGCCGCGCUGGGAAGGGUGGCUGGGGAUAAACUUGAAGUGCUCCAUGACAACAACAACAACGCCAUCAUCAUACCCUAAGCCCUCGGAGAUUCCGUGGCAGAAGGAACUCUGCAACUCCGUCAACCUCAUCGGCAACGUCGCCGCCCCCGUCGAAAUCAAAUACCUCCCCUCCGGCAAGGUCGUCGCCUGGACCCGCCUCUACGUCAAGAAAAGCGCCACACAAUCAUCGCCCAUAAACCUCACUUUCUGGGACGACCUCGCGCAUGUCGCUUCCCAGCAUCUCCAGAAAGGUCACCAGAUUCAUGUCUCUGGUCGCCUCAUUACCGACACUGUUGAAACGGAGGAAGGAAAAAGCCAAACUUACUACAAGGUUGUUGUUCAACAGCUGAAUUUCAUUGAGAGGAAUUUCUCUUCGGUGUCGUCAUCGCAGGGUCAAGAGUUUGAUUUUGCGAUGGCUGGUAGUGGUAGGAAAGUGAGCAAUGCUGCAAACAGUACUGGUUCUGUGGUGGAAACAUGGAAUGCGUUCUUUGCUAACCCAGGGGAGUGGUGGGACAAUAGGAACAACAAGAGGAAUCCAAAAGCUCCUGAUUUCAAACACAAAGAUACAGGGGAAGCUCUGUGGAUCGAAGGCAGAUACAAUCCGCCAUGGGUCAAGUCUCAACUGGAAAUACUAGACUCAAGAAUGGGGUCGUUUGCUAGUCAAAAUGCUAGGAUGCCUGUAGGUAUGGUAGCUGCAGAUGAAAUUGUGUCUUUCUAAUGGCUCAUGCCAAAUCUCGCCCAUGUAAUAUUCAAUUUUAACUGUGAAACUUCUUUGUACAGUUUACAUUUUGCCCCUAAUUUUAAAUUGUAUGUAUGUCAGUACUGAUAAUGGUUAAGUUUGCCCUUGAACUAUACUUAGUGAUCAAGUGAUUGUGUUGCAUUCAGCAUUCUCUA